CCCUUCAGGAUGGCGGACGAUCUGCCUACGGAGUUUGAUGUUGUCAUCCUCGGAACUGGCCUUCCCGAGUCCAUCAUUGCUGCCGCAUGCACCAGAACUGGGCAACAGGUCCUUCAUGUAGAUGCGAGAAAUUACUAUGGUGGGAAUUGGGCCAGCUUUACAUUUUCAGGGUUACAGACCUGGAUUGAAAACUGUAAGCAAGAACCGAACACUGAUUUCGCUGAAUCAUGUAAGGGUCAAGCUUUAGACAACGAAGAAAUAAUUCCAUUCAACAAGAGAAACCAAACCAUUCAGAAUGUUGAGGUCUUCUGUUACUCCAGUACUGAAGAUGGAGAAAACAUUGAAGAAGCCGGAGUACUUAACCUAAACCCUGCACUGCUAACCACUGUUACCACUUCAGCAGAUUCUGAGUCAGCUAGUCAAGAGAACGCCUCUAUAGAUAUUUGUAAAAAUUACAAAUCUACAGAAACAGAAAAGCAUGACAGUCCUGAAGGUAGAAGUGAUCUGGAAGAGGCAGCAAGUCAUGACCAAGGGUCAGCAGAUUCUACUCCAGAGACCGGUGCCACAGAAGAGGUGGAACCAUUCCCAACACAGGCCAAUCAGCAGGACUCGCCGAAAACUGUUACUUAUUCCCAGAUUGUGAAGGAAGGAAGAAGAUUUAAUAUUGAUUUAGUGUCAAAGUUUCUGUAUUCCCGAGGAUUGUUAAUUGAGCUGCUCAUCAAAUCAAAUGUUAGUCGUUACACCGAGUUUAAGAAUGUUACCCGGAUUUUAACGUAUCACGAUGGAAAAAUUGAGCAGGUACCUUGUUCAAGAGCAGAUGUAUUUGCUAGUAAACAACUUUCCAUGGUAGAAAAGAGGAUACUAAUGAAAUUUCUAAUGCACUAUGUAGACUAUGAGCUUCAUCCUGAAGACUAUCAAGAUUAUGAAGCUUCAACUUUUUUAGAGUUUUUAAAGUCCAAACAGUUGACUCCAACUUUACAGCACUUUGUUCUUUACUCCAUUGCGAUGGUACCUGAAAGUGCUAAAACGGUAGAAGGGUUGAAAGCAAUGCAACACUUCCUUAGGUGCCUUGGACGAUAUGGCAAUACCCCUUUUCUCUUCCCUAUGUAUGGCUUGGGAGAGAUUCCACAGUGCUUCUGCAGGAUGUGCGCUGUAUUCGGAGGAGUCUAUUGUCUUCACCAUUCGCUGGAGUGCCUAGUAGUCGAUGGAGAUUCAAAGCUAUGUAAAGCGGUCAUUGACCACAGAGGUAAACGAGUAGACUGCAAAUACCUGGUUGUGGAGGAUAGCUACCUUCCUGAGCAGAUCUGUGCAAAUGUAUCAUACAAACAAAUCUCCCGAGCAGUCCUUAUUACAGACUGUUCUAUACUGAACUCGGAAUCAAACCAAGAGAUUUCAGUUUUGACAUUCCCACCAGCAGACGGACAAAAUGCAGUCUACUUAACUGAACUCUGCUCAUCAACAAUGACUUGCAUGAAAAACACAUACCUUGUCCAUCUUACAUGUUCAUCCACAAAAGCAACAGCCAAAGAAGAUCUGGAACCAGUUGUACAACAAUUAUUUACUCUGAGCACAGAGAAAGAUCUUGAACCAAGUGACAUCACAAAACCAAAAGUUCUUUGGGCUCUGUAUUUUAAUAUGAGGGAUUCCUCUGGUGUUCCGCGCCAAUCAUAUGUUGGACUUCCUUCAAACGUGUAUGUUUGCAGUGGGCCAGAUCAUUGCUUUGGAAAUGAUCAUGCGGUCCAGCAGGCAGAAAAUAUAUUCCACGAUCUUUAUCCAAGUGAGGAAUUCUGCCCACCAGCUCCAAACCCAGAAGAUAUUAUCUAUGAUGGAGAGUGUGUUCAGCAAGAAGCAAGUGAAUCGAGCAUUCCUGUAAAAGCAGAGGCUUCCGCUGAAACUGUAACAGAAUCAUGUGAAGACUUAGAAGGACAGAAGGCAGAAUGAGUUGUCCAUUGCCUGGAUGCAUGUUAUUUAUUUCCAGAUCUCAUGUCUCUGGCCAUUCCUGUAUGGGUACCAAUUAAAGGGCUGCUAAAACUACACAUAUCCUAGUGCAGUUCAUAAAGAAUGUCGAUUGUAUCUGUGCCUGCAUAUUCCUUCAUCUGUAAUGUUUUCCUUGGAGGACAACCAGUUUACAAGAGCCCAUUAUGCCUAUAUGAAUCAAGUAUCCAUUGUAUGAGCCUGUUUUUCUGAACUUUGCAUUGAAAUGAAGUCACUUCACAGGAGAGCGGGAAUAAAUUGAAUCUAUCUUAUAUCUUA